CAUAUGCAGCCGACUUGUUUGAUCUCGGUCUCCCCCACUCCCUUUCCUCACACGUAUUCUUUCGUCGCCCUGACGAAAGAAAAGCGAGCCGCGUAUCGGCGUCCUCAGUCUUGUUGUGACUCCACCUCCGCCUCAGCCUCCGCCUCCUCUCAAAUCCUCCAAAACCUUGAAACAAACACGCGCACGCAUACGCACUCUCUCCGUGGCAUGACGGGCUUCCAUCCAUGGCGCCCCACCAGCAGCUACUAGCCUUCGUCAACUACUUCGUCAUCUCCAUGUCCUUCGCCCUCAUCCUCUCCUCCCUCUACUUCGUCAAGAAGAAGAGCGCCGCGCGGAAACAAGCCCAAGAACGCGAACGCGCCCACCGCGCCAUCGCUCUAUCCGGAGCCCAAGAAGAAGACCUCCCGCCGCUCCCAGGCGGCGACCGGAAGGCGGCGGCGGCGACGACGACGACGGGUGGCGGUGGAGAUGGGGAGCGGCAGAAGGGGGAGGAGAAGCGGAAGAAGAAGAGGGGGAAGAAGAAGAGGCAGGAGUCCGGUGGGGGAUUGGAGGGUGGAGAGGAAGCGAAGGUUGGGGCGGGGGCGGAGGAGAUGGGGAAGGCAGGAGAGGGGAAAGCGGGCUCUAUCUACCCGUUCUCUUCGUUUGCCAGUGCAACUCAGAGGAAGAUCAAAGCGCAGUACGAUCAGCUCGUGGAAUCCAACCAGGCCAACGCCUUGACGGCGGUGCAGGUUGGACAAUUUAUCAACUGCCUAGUUGAGGCAAGAAAUGAAUUGCAGCACAAGUCUGAUAUCAUCCAACGUAGUUUUAAAAUAAAGAAGGCAUUACUCGUGAAGGCUGACAGGUCUUCAUUUGAUCGUCUUGCGCAACAGAUAUACAAGUUAGAGGCAGAACAUAAGAGAUUAGAGGCAGAUGCAGCCGUUUAUAAUCUACUGCAAGAGCAGCUUAAGCUCUCACCUGCAUAUAACGAGAUGCUUGAGAUUAGUUCGAACAUGGAGUUGAAAGCUACUUCAGACCAGGAAACACAGGCAACAGAACUUCCUGAUAUCUCAUUUGAGGAAUUACUAGCACAGGAAAAGAAGGACUUGUUUUGGCAAAAAAACGGGAAGCUGAGAUCAUUUGCAAGCUAAAGGUCAUAGCAUUUCUGACAUGCACAUCUGCAGCUCAAAGAGUUUGUACAAUUGCAAGUGUUUUCUUUUCCCUUUUUGUUUUUUUGGGUUGUGUCUGUGCAUGUUUAAUUUUGUGUUAAAACUUAUUUUCCUGAAUACUGGUUUACUGGUGGAAGAACAUCUGGGUGCGAACAAGGUUAGAGGAUAUGAUAUCAUUCUCCUGGCCUCGAUCAAAUGUUAUAUAUACUGUAGUGAGAGGGGCGGGGGAAGGAAAAAACAUUAGCCCCUCUUAUAGCAUUGGUUCUGUCUCCUUUUGCUGAUAUUGAGUAGCAGAGGAAUAUUUUAGUUGACGAUUGUCAUGGA